AUGAAACUCAAUGAUUUACAGAGUCAUCAAUAUGGCCUUGCAUCAUUAUUGAGGUCAAACUCAAAUGCAAAGAGUUUGGAUACAAUCACAGCAAAGAGAAAUAAUGAUCUCAACAAGAAGAGAUCAGAGAAGAAGAAGGGCACGGGUUCACUACUCCAAGGUCAACUCUCAUGGAACUACUUUAGCAAGAAGGAUGAACCUGGUCAACAACAUCAACAAGAGAAGAAGAAUAGAUUGAUAUAUAAUAAGUUCUUGGAGAUUGUUAUGAAGUUGGUGGAUAAUGAUGAGAUACCAUCCGAGGAAUUGCACGUUGCAUCUUAUGAGACGUUCAUGAUUGUUGGCAAUCCAAACAAGGACGUUGUGACCAAACAGCAGUUGUUACAACAGUUGUUUGGCUCGAGUUUCAAGCUCAACCUGUAUCAACAGCUCACCGAUUUGGUGACACAGCUUCAGGAGAUCAAGAAUCCCUACCAGGAGGACAUCACGCUGUCCAAGCAGUCGCUCACCAAGAUCGAUGAGAACGAGUCUCUCGAGUGGGGAUCGGCCACAGUCAGAUUGGACUCGGUCGACGAUAUCUUCUUUGACAUUGAGUCGUUCGUCUCGGCUGAAGCCGCCGCCAAUGAGAGGGCUGCCGCAGCGGCCGCCGCUCAAAAGUCUGGAAAGGAGACAAUACUCAUACGCAAGGCUGGCAAGAAGGGCGACAAGGCGAGUGCAGGUGGUCAGCCAUCCACCUCUUCAACAUCGUCCCAAUUCAAUCAAUCAUGGUUGAUUGACAAAUGCUUGGAUAUCUCAAAGAGCUCAGGCAUGCCUGCCGACCAAACAAAGCAGAGCAUCAUCGAUAUCCUCAAGAAUCCAAAGAACAUUCAGGAGGACUUGAUUGGAGUAUUGGGAUUCGAUCACUUGGACUUCAUGGAGUUGUUGGUCACUCAUCGUUCAGAUAUAUUGGCAUCAAUGCUCAAUCCAAUCAAACAGGCCAAUCAGGGCCCAUUGUCAUCAUCCAUCACCAUUCAAUCUAGCGAUGAUAAGGCUGCUGGCAAGCUCAAGAAGAAGGACGACAAGAAGCGAGCAAAGGGCACAGUGUCCACGAUGACAAUCAGCAAUGAGGAGUACGAGGUAUAUGUGCCAAAGGAGGCCGCCACACCGGCCAUUUACACGCCACAGACUGAGUUCAAGGGCACCGAUCUCAACAUCCAGGCUGGUCCAAUCUUUGGCAAGGCGGCCCUGCCUCCCGACACCAUCCGCAGGGAGCUCGACACGCACAUUGAGGUCACGCUUCCCCACGCCAAGAAGAAGCCAAUGAUGGACGACGAGCGACUCAUCCCAGUGACAGAGAUCGACGAGCGAUCGCAAAAGGCCUUUGGCAGCGUCAAGUCUUUGAACAGGAUUCAGUCAAAGGUGUUCGAGGUGGCCUACAAGUCCAACGAGAACCUGCUCAUCUGUGCGCCAACAGGUGCUGGAAAGACAAACAUUGCGCUGCUCACUGUGCUGCAUGAGAUCGAGUCCAACUACAUGCCUGGCAACAACAUACUGAAUCUGGAGAAGUUCAAGAUCAUCUACAUCGCGCCACUCAAGGCGCUGGCCUCUGAGAUGACAGACAAGUUUGCCACCUGUCUCAAAUACCUUGGCAUCGUUGUGAAGGAGUUGACAGGCGAUAUGCAGCUUACACAGAAGGAGCUCAAGGACACACAGAUCAUCGUUACGACACCCGAGAAGUGGGACGUCAUCACCAGAAAGAGCAGCGACGUGGCGCUCACACAGCUCGUGCGACUGAUCAUCAUUGAUGAGAUCCAUUUGCUGCACGAGGAGAGAGGUCCCGUGCUAGAGAGCAUUGUGGCCAGGACGCUCAGACAGGUCGAGACCACACAAGAGAUGAUUAGAAUCGUCGGCCUAAGCGCCACUCUGCCCAACUACAAGGAUGUGGCGCGCUUCAUUCACGCGCCGGCAUCAUCCACCUUCUGUUUCGACUCAUCGUACCGUCCCGUGCCCAUGACCAGCACGUUCAUGGGAGUCAAGGAGCAGGGUGUGAUUGCACGCAAUAACAUGAUGAACCAACUAUGCUAUGAGAAGGUGGAGCGUUCCAUCAAGGAGGGCUACCAGGUCAUGGUGUUUGUGCACUCGCGAAAGGACACAGUCAAAACGGCCGAGGCACUGGUCAACCUGGCACGAACCAAGCGCUUCAGGUUCGGCGGAGACGAGGUCACCAAGACACACGCAGUGCGCGACAUGGAGCGUGCAAAGGCCAAGGAGAUCCGCGACCUGUUCCAAUCGAACGUCUCGAUCCAUCAUGCCGGUUUGCUCAGACAGGACCGUAACCUGGUGGAGAAGUACUUUGCCGAGGGUAGCAUCAAGGUGUUGGUGUGCACGGCCACGCUCGCCUGGGGUGUCAACUUGCCCGCCCACACAGUCGUCGUCAAGGGCACACAGAUCUACGACGCCAAGAACGGUGGCUUCAUGGACCUGGGCAUCUCUGACGUCAUGCAGAUCUUUGGUCGUGCUGGACGUCCCCAGUUCGACACGUUUGGCGAGUCGUUCCUGAUCACCACGCACGACAAACUCGACCACUACCUCAUGCUGAUGGCGUGCGCGCUCCCCAUUGAGAGUAGGUACAUCAACAACCUGGCGGACAACCUCAAUGCAGAGAUCGUGCUUGGCACCGUGUCCAAUGUCAACGAGGCCGUCUCUUGGCUGGGCUACACCUACCUCAUCAUCCGUAUGAUCAUGAACCCACACGCAUACGGUGUGCCGCUGUCCGAAGUUAAGCAGGACCCAGCUCUGACCAACUUCCGUGUCAAACUGAUUGAGCGCGCCGCUACCCAGCUCGACGCUUCCAAGAUGAUCCGUUUCGACCAGACCACAGGCAAUUUCUUCCCCACGGACCUGGGCCGCAUUGCCAGUCACUACUACAUUAAGUAUCCCUCGAUCGAGACAUUCAAUGAGAUCCUCAACCAGACGAUGCAGCAGGAGCAGGUUCUGACACUGCUGGCCAACUCUUCCGAGUUUGAGAAUGUCAACUUGCGUGAGGAGGAGGUCAAGGAGUUGACUGAGCUGUCCGAGAACAGCUGUUUCUACGAGACCGAGGUGCUGGAUCGCUACUCCAAGGUCAAGGUCAUGCUGCAGUCGUUCUUGUCGCGUGCAAGAAUUGAGGGAUUCUCGCUCGUAUCCGACUCCAACUACGUCAUCCAGAACUCGAGCCGUAUCCUGCGUGGAAUCUUUGAGAUCACAAUGAAGCGUGGCUGGUGCAGCGUGUCCAAGCAGGUGCUCGACCUGUGCAAGAUGAUCGAUCACCAGCAGUGGUACUUUGAGACACCACUGCGCCAACUUGGCGUACUCAACCAGGAGAUCCUCAAGAAGAUCGAGGAGUCGCAGUUAUCCACGGACGACCUGGCCGAGAUGGACCCAGGCGAGCUGGCCCCCAUUGUCGGCAACCACACGAUUGCCAAGUCGACCAUCCGCUUGGCGCGCCAGUUCCCCAAGCUGGACUUUGACAUUGAGAUCCAGCCAAUCACUUCCAGCAUCAUCAAGAUCAAUCUGGAGCUGCUGCCAUACUUUGAGUGGAACGAUCGCAUCCACGGCGAGUCGCAGCCAUUCUACAUCUGGAUCGAGGACAGUGACAAUGAGUUCAUCUACCACCACGACUACUUCAUGCUGACCAAGCGCGCAUUUAUGAACCGCGAGGCUGAGCCCAUCAAGAUGAGCUAUAUCAUCCCCAUCCCCAACCCACUGCCCUCGCAGUUCUACAUCCACUACAUCAGUGACCGCUGGCUCAACUGUGAUGAGCGCAUCCCCAUCUCGUUCAAGGACCUCAUCAUCCCACACCAGAACCGUGUGAUCAACACCGAGCUGCUCGAUCUGCAGCCGCUGCCAGUGCAGGCACUCAAGAACCCCGCCUUUGAGGCGCUCUUCCGCUUCACGCACUUCAACCCUAUCCAGACGCAGGUGUUCCACACGCUCUAUCACACCAACAACAAUGUGCUGCUGGGUUCGCCAACAGGCAGUGGCAAGACCAUUUGUGCCGAGCUGGCCAUGUUCAAGGUGUUCCGUGAUGAGCCACACAUGAAGGUGGUGUACAUCGCACCUCUCAAGGCGCUGGUUCGCGAGCGUAUGAACGACUGGUCGGUCAAGUUGGCCGAGAAGCUGGGCAAGCGUCUGGUCGAGCUGACUGGAGACUACACGCCCAACAUGAUUGCGCUGCAGAACGCCGACAUUGUGACGACCACACCAGAGAAGUGGGACGGUAUCAGUAGAAACUGGAAGAACAGGAGCUAUGUCACGUCUGUGUCGCUACUGAUCAUUGAUGAGAUCCAUUUGCUGGGCGAGCUUCGUGGUCCCACGCUCGAGGUUAUCGUAUCGCGUAUGAAGCUGAUCUCCAAGGAGACUGGCCACAACAUUAGGAUCAUCGGACUUUCCACGGCCAUGGCCAAUGCCAUAGAUCUGGCUGAGUGGAUGGGCAUCGAGAAGGUUGGCCUGUUCAACUUCCGUCCAUCGUGCCGUCCAGUGCCCAUCGAGGUGCACGUCCAAGGAUUCCCCAACAAGAACUAUUGUCCUAGAAUGCAGACCAUGAACAAGCCGGCCUUUGCCGCCAUCCAGACGUACUCGCCUGUCAAGCCCGUGCUGAUCUUUGUGUCGUCACGUAGACAGACGCGUCUCACUGCACUGGAUCUCAUUUCUCACCUAGUCGUCGACAACCCUGCACAAUGGCUGCACACCAAUGACAUUGAUCAGAUGGUGGACCGUGUCAAGGACCAUCACCUCAAACAUACACUGUCAUUUGGCAUUGGCAUGCAUCAUGCCGGUCUCAACGACAAUGACCGAACGAUUGUUGAGCGUCUGUUUGGUGAGAACAAGAUACAGGUGCUCAUCUCCACGUCGACCCUGGCAUGGGGUGUCAACCUGCCAGCGCAUCUGGUGAUCAUCAAGGGUACCGAGUACUUUGAUGGCAAGACCAAGCGCUACGUCGACUUCCCGCUCACUGAUGUGCUUCAGAUGAUGGGUCGUGCCGGUCGUCCCCAGUUCGACAAGGAGGGCAAGGCUGUGAUCAUGGUGCACGAACCAAAGAAGAACUUCUACAAGAAGUUCCUUUACGAUCCAUUCCCAGUGGAGUCGCAUCUCAAGGAGUUCCUGCAUGAUCACAUCAAUGCCGAGGUCGUUGGUGGCACCAUCCACUCCAAGCAGACCGGUAUUGAGUACCUGACCAACACAUUCUUCUUCCGCCGUCUGGUAGUCAGUCCCACGUACUAUGGCAUGAAGGACAACUCUGUGGACGCAAUCAACCGAUUCCUCUCGGAGCUGCUGGACCGCACUCUCGACGACCUAGCCGCAGCCAACUGCAUCAUCAUCGACGACAACGAUGAGAUCAUUCCCACAACAAUGGGCAAGGUGGCAUCGUUCUACUAUCUUAACUUCCGCACUGUCCAAAUGUUCUCGCGCGACAUCAAGUACGACAGCGACAUCAAGUCUCUGCUCAAGGUCCUGUGUAACGCAUAUGAGUACCACGAGUUCCCCGUGCGUCAUAAUGAGGAGUUGUUGAACCAGGAGCUCAACGAGAAGUUGCCAAUCAAGAUGUUCCAGUUCGAGGAUGCCCACACCAAGGUUCACCUGUUGCUGCAGGCGCACUUUGAGCGAUGCUCGCUGCCAAUCUCUGAUUACGUGACUGAUACCAAGUCUGCCCUGGACCAGGGUAUUCGUAUCCUUCAGGCCAUGAUUGAUGUUGCCGGUGAGUUUGGAUUCAACUCGACCACCAUCCAAGUGGUGCGUCUGUUGCAGAUGUUGGUGCAAGGUCGUUGGGACACAGACAAUAGCAUUCUUAUCCUGCCACAUAUGACCAAGGAGAUUGUGGAGGCCAUUGGAUUCAACCUGCAGGUCAACAACCUCAAGGAACUUCUCAGUGUCGCCCCUGACAAGCUGAAGAUGUUCAUGGACAAUGUCAUGCACAUAUCACACGCCAAAGAGGUUUUGGACGUCGUUGCCAAUCUGCCACGAAUGAAGAUCACACAUAUUGUGCCAGACAAUGUGUCAGCCCUGAAGGAGACCACGAUCAAGGUUAGGAUACAGCGAACCAACAAGUUGUUCCGCAAUGGUUUCGCGUACGCACCCCAAUACUCAAAGGACAAGAACGAGGGUUGGGUCGUCAUUCUCACCAACGACAAGGAGGAGUUCAUUGGAUUGAAGAGGGUCACCCAGAUGGCCAAGGACUCUGGCUCUGUCACCUCAUUCAUUGUAACACCGCCCUCGGAUGUUACCACAGCCGUCUACCAUGUCAAGGUGUACUCUGAUACCUACAUUGGAUUGGAUUACUUCCAUACCUUCCAAGUCAAGGUUGAGCCAAAGAAAUAA